UAUCAGAGAUGUACAGUAUUCACUCAAACGAUAUGUUUUGUGUUAUUGUGCUUGUGGUUUAAAGUGGUUUAGAAAUGCCCAAGGUUUCUGUAUAAUUAGUUAUUCAUCACAAAUAAUGUAUCUUUGUUCAUCUUUCUAUGCCGGCGACAUGGUGACAGGCAGAACAUUUAAUCUCUUCCACUAGAUGGCAGAAUGAUCACUAUACAGACCCAGAUUUCAUUUGCAGGUUUGGAGCGAUCCCUGGAGACAUGGAGAAUGAACAAAAAGGGAGAAGAUGUGAGGAGCACUUUCAUGGCCGGAGAGAAGGAACUUCAUGCUCAGGAGAGGCGGCUCAUCGAUAAAAAAAAAGCACACAGGAUGGAGGAGGAUGAGGAGGAUGAGGAGGAAAAUGAAGAUGAUGAUGACGACGAUGAGGAUGAUGACGGUAAUGAAGAGGGGGAGGAAGAAGGGGAAGAAGAGGAAGGUGAGGAGGAGGAUGGGGAAGAAGAAGAGGCAACUCAAGCUCCCAGCAACCAGACUGAAGCAAACGACAUUUUGCCCGAGUCUCAGUGUGAGACUGGCGAGAGUGAAAUCAGCUGCAGGGGCAUGGGCAUGACUCACCUGCCAAUCAUCCGCGACCCGGAGGCCACGAAGCUGGAUGUGGGAGAGAACAACAUCAGAGUCAUUCCUCUGGACAUUUUCUCCGGCCUGCCAAUGCUGGAAGUGCUGGACCUGAGCAAAAACCAGCUGGAUGAUGAUUCAUUCAGCCAAAAUGCUUUGUCUAACUUGACCUCUGUGAAGAAGCUGAACUUAGACGGCAACCGGCUCACAAUGAUCCCGAUGCUGCCCCCGUCGCUCGAACAACUGAGCGUGAACAGCAACAAGCUCCACACCCUCGCACCGCACUGCUUCACAGGUUUGGUGAACCUGUUGAACCUGGAACUGGAAGGGAACAGUCUGCAUGAGGGUGGCGUGUCACCUCAAGCAUUCAAACCUCUCAAGAGGCUUCUGCACCUCAAGCUGGAGAAAAACCGAUUCCGCUCUCUCCCGCAGCGUCUUCCCCGCUCUCUCCAGACUUUAGAAAUGGAUGAGAAUCUGAUAGAGGAGUUGACGGAAGAUUCACUGAAGGGUUGCAGUCAUUUGAAAAUACUUGACCUCAGUCAUAACCUCCUGCGAGAUGAAGGCCUUUCCCAACGUGUCUGGACAAGCCUUAGACAACUCGAAGCCUUGGAUCUCUCCUCCAACCGACUGACAUCUGUGCCCGUGAAUCUGCCUCGCAGUCUCCUUCAAGUGGACCUCCAACAAAAUAACAUAAGCCACAUCCCUGCUUUCAUUUUCCGCCACUUGCGUCCUGGCCUGCAGUCACUUGGUCUAUCCCACAAUGUCUUGACGAACGAGGGUAUUGAGCGGGGGUCUUUUGUUGGAAUGUUCCGCUCGCUUGCUGAGCUCCUGUUGGACGACAACCAUCUGGGGGAGGUCCCUCGUUGGGUUCGGCAAUUUAAGAACCUGCAAGUACUGAGGCUGGACAACAACUAUAUCAGGGUGGUGAGGCAAUGGGGUGUGUGUCAUCCCCGUAAUUCUGGCUCCACCUUGGCUUCAGUCAACCUAGAAAAUAACCUGCUGGUCCCUGAGAAGAUUCCCUCGAAUGCCUUUAAUUGUCUCACAGAUGCUCAGGGACUCUUUAUCUAUCCGCAACGGAGGGAUUUUCCAGAAAUCUAGAUGUCAACAUGAUCUCGGCAGAAUUAAGGAUGAAACCAUAGCAAAAGUUAAGCAUGCUAAGACUGAAUUAUUUUCAACAACCUGCUCAAGACAACUUGACACAAUCUAAAAACAAAAGUCUCUCUGGAUGUAAGCCAAUAUUUUGCCACAAUAAUGUUGACAUAGUUUCAAAGCAGUUCAUUAAUGUCAAGAGGUCAAAGUAUAUUUCUUUUUUGAACAGAAUAAAUGCAAUUUAUUUUCUGGUAGCCCAAACAGGGUCAGUUUUAUGCAAUACAAUAUUCAUGUUCAUCCUUCUUGGUUACAUGCACAGAUACACAUAAACUGCUAUUGUUUAUUUCAUCACCAUACAGGAAAGUCAAAAUGAAACAUUUAUUUUGUAUUUUGCUUUCACUGCCUUUGAUAAACUUUCACAGCCGACCUUUUCUUUCAUUAA